AUGGCCAAGAAUUUACCAGUGUGCAGUGAAUCAUGUGGCGCCCAACGUUUGACCACCAAUGUUUUGAAAUAUUUCAUUGAAGUUCUGCAGCAUGGAGCCGAAGAUGCCACUACCAAUGAGUAUCGUGACAAUGACAUACAGCUAUUGGAUGAAUAUGAUUUUAUUAUUGCUGGGGCGGGUACGGGUGGCUGUACCCUGGCCUCAAGGCUGUCGGAGAUAGGUUCAUGGAAAAUUCUUCUCUUGGAGGCUGGUGGUCCCGAAUAUUUACCCUUGGAUUUACCUAUUGCGGCAAAUAUUCUUCAACUAAGUCCCGAUAUUAACUGGGCCUAUCGUACAGAGCCCUCAAAUGCCUAUUGUCUGGGUUUGAAAGAUAAUCGCUGCAACUUCCCCAGGGGUAAAAUAAUGGGUGGCAGUUCGGUGCUAAAUUACAUGAUGUACACUCGUGGUAAUCGUCGGGAUUAUGAUACCUGGGCGGCAAUGGGUAAUGCAGGCUGGAGCUAUCAGGAUGUCCUGCCAUAUUUUAAAAAAUUGGAAGGCUCCAUUAUACCCGAUGCUGAAGAGGAGUAUGUGGGUCGCAAUGGUCCCGUCAUGGUGUCCUAUGCCAAAUGGCAUACCCAACUGAGUGAGGCGUUUGUGGCAGCGGUGCAGGAGAAUGGUUACGAUUAUUUGGAUUAUAAUGGCCGGCGCCAGGUGGGUGUACAAUAUGCCCAGACCACAACGGAUCAAACACAUCGUUGGAGUGCCAAUCGGGCCUAUCUCUAUCCCAUUAAAGAUAAGCGGCCCAAUUUGCAUAUCAAAAAAUAUGCCCAUGUUCGGAAGUUCCUGAUUGAUCCGGAGACGAAAAGGGCCUAUGGUGUGGAGUUUGAGUCUCGAGGCAAGAUUUACAAAGUGAGGGCCCGCAAAGAGGUCAUAUCCUCCGCUGGAGCAAUAAAUACCCCUCAACUGCUGAUGUUAUCCGGUGUGGGUCCAGCCAAACAUUUACGCCAGGUGGGCAUAAAACCCAUUGUCGAUUUAGCAGUAGGCUAUAAUUUGCAGGACCAUAUUGCCCCACCCGUCAAUGUGGUGGCCAAUGUUAGUAGCAUCAAAUUACCUGACCUAUUUGACUCCGAUAAUUUCCUGGCUCUACAGACCAUGAACAGCUCUUUGUCGGUGGCGGGAGGCCUCGAAGUCAUUGCCUUUUAUGAUCUUGAUCAUCCCAACGAUCCAGAUGGCUGGCCAGACAUAGAAUUUAUUGUGGCCGAUUCUUCAUAUCAUGAAAAUCCCUUUUUGGCCCGGGCAGCUGGUAUCAGACAGGAUAUCUUUGAUGAUCUCUACACCGAAGCCAUUGAACAGGAUCUCAAUGUCUUUGCCAUUGUCUCCAUGCAAAUGCAGCCACGUAGCAAGGGGCGCAUUCUACUGCGCAGCAAGGACCCCAAGGUAUAUCCUCUCAUCUAUGCCAAUUAUCUACACGACCCCUAUGACCUGGAUAUUGUGGUGCGAGGUAUUGAAAAAAUCAUUGAACUUCUCGAUGAACCCUCAAUGCGUAAGGUGAAUGCUACGCUACUGAAUAGUAGCAUAAAACCAUGUCGGAAAUAUGGUCACAUACGCUCCAGGCCCUAUUUGGAAUGUUAUGUCAGAUAUUUGACCACCACCAUUUAUCAUCAAUCGGGUACGGCGAAAAUGGGACCAAGUUCCGAUAGAGAAGCGGUGGUGGAUAAUCGCUUGCGGGUCCAUGGUAUACCAAAUUUACGAGUGGUAGAUGCCAGUAUUAUGCCGAAGCUGAUUGCGGGACAUCCAAAUGGACCGGUUUAUAUGAUUGCCGAAAAGGCAGCUGAUAUGAUCAAGCAGGAUUAUGGUGUGCUGUGA